AUGGCUGUGUACGUGGAUCACCGAACACAAGCUCCCGAUUCGGUUGCCUCCCCUUCUCAUAUAGCAUGGCACCCGCUUCACCCGCUCCUGGCAGUUGGUUCCAUCAGCACCACGCCCGGGGGCUGUGUUGAUAUCUACCUGGAACAGGGAGAACAUGUGUCCGAUGCACAUGUUGAGAGAAGCUUUCAGGUCACAUCGCUUUCCUGGCACCCUUCCAGACAGAUUCUCGCAGCAGGGUGGGAGAUGGGAGAAGUUGUGAUACUUAACAAACAAGACAAGGAGCAGCACACUGUGCCACCAAAUCAUAACGCCAAAAUUGCAGUCCUAAAUUGGAGUACAAAUGGUACCUGCCUUGUGUCUGGUGAUGAGCAUGGUGUCUUGGUCCUGUGGAGAAUGGACCAGCGAGGCAGAGUGCAGGGUCCUGCCCUGCUGAAACAAGAGUAUGGAAAAUGUCUGUCUCACUGUGUCUUUCGGCCACCCCCUCCUGGCGAGGACUUUGUACAGCUGGCAAAAGCAGCUGUGAGUGGUGAUGAGAAGGCCUUGGAUAUGUUUAACUGGAGAAAAGCUGGAACGGGAGCACCUCUGAAAAUGGGCCUCCAGGAAGGACUCUCCUUCUUUAUCACUUUGACAGAUGGUUCUGUGCAUUGUGUGAAUGAGAAAGGAAAGACAAGGCAUGUAUUAUCCACAGACAGUCUGGUCCAAAAGCUUCUGUACAUGGAGAAAAGAGAUGUUUUAGUUGUAAUAACAGACAACCUGCAGUUGUCCUUGCAUGCAAUUACUCUUGAGGGAGAGGCAGAAGAGCUCAUGAAGGUGAAGUUGAGUGGGAAGAUAGGCCAUUCUGCAGACAUCAUUUUAAUAGACCAUAGCCUUGUUGUUACAGCGCUAGGUGAGACGGUCAUCAGGUUCUGGGAUUUGGACAGAGAUGAGAACUAUGUGCUGUCCCCAGAUGUGCAAUUUGGCUUUGAGGGAGGAGAAUGUAUUAACUGUGUGUCUUACUGCAGUGCUAAAGGUCUCUUAGCAGCUGGUACUAACAAAGGGAGAAUAGCUAUGUGGAGGAAAGCAGCAGAAUCUGAUCAGAGCAUACGGGCUUUGGAGGGCAAGGAGAAGUGGAAGCUCCAGGCACCUACAGAACUUGAAGGAAAUGUCACUCAGAUAAAGUGGGGCUCCCGAAAAAACCUGCUGGCAGUGAACGUCAGCUCUGUGGUGAUCCUCAGUGAGCAGGCCAUGUCGUCUCAUUUUCAUCAGCAAGUGGCUGUUGUACAGGUGUCUCCCAGCCUGUUUAAUGUGACCAUCUUCAGCACAGGAGCCACACACAGUCUUCAUGUUGAUAUGAAUGUUAACGGAGUCUUUGCUACUAAGGAUGCUGUAGUAUUCUGGAACGGGAAGCAAGUUACUGUCUUUGAGUGUUCAGGAGAUACCUUCAGAAGUGCAGGCUCUUUCCUUUGUGACUCUCCAGUUCUGUCCAUGCAUGGAGAAAAUCUGUACACUGUUGAACCCUGUCGGGUCCAGGUCCGCACCUGGCAGGGCACAGUUAAACAGCUGCUGGUGUUCUCUGAAGCAGAGGGGAAUCCAUGCCUCUUGGAUGUCUGCGGAAAUUUCCUGGCUGUGGGAACCGAUUUGGCUCAUUUUAAAAUCUUUGAUCUCUCUCGCAGAGAGGCAAAAGUGCACUGCAAUAGCAAGAACUUCUCUGAGCUGUUUCCUGGCCUUGGAGGCAUUGCAUCUGUCAAGUGCAAUGCUAAUGGCAAUAAAGUCAGCAUCCUUGUUAGCCAGGUGGAUGGGAACGUUGAUUCCAAGAUCUGUUUCUAUGAUGUUGAAAUGGACAAAGUUACACUCUUUGAUUUCAAGGCUGAACAGGGAAAUGGUAGAGAGAAGCUUUCUUCUCAACAAGGCACUGACAAGUCUGUUGUGGAGUAUCCAGAGUUGCACAGUCACAUCCCUGCUUGCCAUUUCUGGGACCAGAGUGAACCAAGACUUUUUGUAUGUGAAGCAAUUCUUGAAACAGACCUACAGUCUCCAGAGCAGAAGAAAAAUGAGACUGAGAGCACAAUGGAUGUUUGGAUUAUAUCAUUCUUCAGUACCGAAGAGCAUGGUCUUUUGCUUCAGGAGAGCUUUCCAUUGCCUUCAGCCUAUGAGGUUCUUCUGGGCGUAGAGGUGCCACACUAUUACUUUGCAAAAAAGCUGGGAGAAGCUGAGAAAGGACAAGCAGAGUCUGGCUCAAUAACAGUCUCUCAGAUGGUUGCGAGAAGACCCAUGAGAGAUUUUGUUGGAUUAGGAGACUGUGAUAAGACUACCCGGGAUGCCAUGCUGAACUUCAGCUUCUAUCUGACUGCUGGAGACAUGGAUGAGGCCUUCAAAUCCAUCAAGCUGAUAAAAAGUUACUGCACAUGA